AUGGAAGCGGAAGCGGCGUGGUCCUUGUUUGAGGAGCCUGCCGACUUUCGACCCGCAUCCCCACCCCCAACAGAAAUUGAGCAGGUGCUUGUGGAUGGGACACAUGUGAAACUGCAACUUGUCGGAAGUCACCCUUUGUGGGGCCACUAUUUGUGGAAUGCCGCGCCGACCAUGGCAAAUUACAUGCUGGAACGUGCAGAUACCUUUGUCUAUAACCGCACAAUCCUCGAGCUUGGCGCAGCAGCGGGACUGCCGUCCAUUGCAUGCGGAAAGCAUGGUGCACGUACCGUCAUCGCUACAGACUAUCCCGACCCAGACCUGAUGAACAAUUUGCACGCCAACAUCGACGCGAAUGCGUGCAGCGCAACACGUGCUGAGGGCUACAUAUGGGGUGCGGACCCCUGCGCAUUGUUGCAGCACACGCCUGAGCAGUACGACACAAUCCUCAUGUCCGAUCUCAUAUUCAAUCACCAAGCGCACGCUGCAUUGCUCACUACCUGCGACCAAUGCCUCACGACGGACGCUGCGCGGCGCCCGCAAAUUCUCGUCUUCUUCAGUCACCACCGGCCCAGCUUGGCGGAAAAAGACAUGCAGUUUUUUGCCCUGGCCACGGAACGCGGCUAUGCAUGCCAAAAAAUAGGGCAGUGGCUACUUGAGGUAUGUGAAUCUGUCUUGCCUUACAAUUUACAAGCCCAUGUUUCCGAAUGA